CACGUCAGAGCAAUUGGACGCCGACGAAUUGUCCCAUCGGCCGAGAUGCUCCCACAACGAAUUGCGCGGGCCUCGGCCCUGCGUAGCGGCAUGGCAGCUGCUCGACGACUUCCUACGAUCCAGCGCCGAACAUUCCUCCCCGAUCAGUACACCGACAAGAAGGUCAUUGAUCAGAAGUACCCCGAGGCGCCCAGCAUGACCGAGGCGGAGGACCCCGGAAUGAACGGCGGCUACAUCAACCCACCCCGAAUUAAGCGACAGUUCCGUGACCCUCACGGCAACUGGUGGGAUCCCCAGGAGCGACGAAACUUUGGUGAACCCAUUCACGAGGAUAACGAUGUUUUGGGAAUCUUUUCUCCCUGGGAGUACACUUGGACCACCGCCGGUCCCGGUGCCGUCAUGGUCGGAACCUUUAUCGCCGUUUUCAUGAGCGUCACUGGAAUUGUUUAUCUUAACUACCCCGACCGCCCGGCCUACCCCCGAGCCUUUGAGGGUGGUCUGGAGCGAGAGCUUGGUGGACCAGGAGCUACAAGGGCUCGUAUGGAGGGAGAUGAGGAUCCUUAAGCAAUAUGCGUUUGUACAUAAAGAAAUGGAAUGCAAGAGAUUGAAUCGCGUACAAGGAAUUGUGAUGUACAAUGGUAUGACUAAACAGGACUAUUAACAUCGUAGGCAGUCAGGUGGGUUGCAUAAAAACCAGUGCUGAUUUAGUGGUUAAUAUAAAUAUUAGAUCA